AUGGUAGUCGCAGUCCCACCUGGAACUGCGUAUGCACACUGCCGGUUCGGGGCAAUGCGCUUGUUGAAGCGCGAUAUUCUCGGGUACACGACGGUGCGUGUACCGGUUUUUCUGUGCGAACUCCGUGCUCAAUUUGAACAGCGAGAUGCACCCUGUGCCAGUUCUCGCAGCUUUGUGCAGGCACUACGCCUGCACUCGGUUCUGGGCCUCGUACGCCCUCACCAUAUCCGGAACGUCCUCCAUCAGGACGUUUUGCGGCUCCGACGUAUCUCGAUGGGGAGGAAAUCGUUUCCAACGAAAUCGGAAACGAGUCUAGUCUUGGCUCAUCCUGGGGGCUUCAAAGUCCACUAUCCGCUCGACAAUUCAACGUGUCGAGUUGCGAGUCAUCGACGCUAG